CCAUUGCAAGCCUCUCCAAAUGAAGAUACUGUACAUCAGAAGAGCCAACCUUUCCUGGGCCUCAAGAUAUUUCAUCCUCUGCCAUUUGGCCUUCCUGAAUGAAUGGUGACAGCAGUGAGCUUUCUGGAGAGUUAGAAGUUCUUUGUUUCAGGGUUGCAUUUAUUAUCAGCAGCAGCACGCCAAAAACUCAGCAGACCCAAACUGCAGUUUAAAAAUCAGUUUUGGAAAGGCUCUUUCAGAAUUCAGAUGGCAACAGAAGUCACAUAUGCUGAAAUAAACUUCAUGAAAACGCCUCCACCUGUUGAUCCAAAAGCAUCUUCAAAGCCCAGAACGCCUCUGAAUGUAUUCCAGAGAAUCCCCUCCUGGUUUCCGUGGGUGAUGUCAGGAUUUUUGCUCCUACUGUCCAUUGCACUUCUUAUUGUCAUCCUUGUAUCACCCAAGGAAUGGCUGAAGAAGACCCCCCACAAGAACCUGCCCUCAAAUUCCACAGAAUGGCACUGCCUGCUGAAAAGCCAUGGAGGGUCAGAACAAGAGCUGUCAUGUUGUAAGGAAGGCUGGCAGCAAUUUCAAUCCAGAUGCUACAGUUUCUCUAAGGAUACAGCUACAUGGAAUAACAGCAGGAUGAAGUGUGUGGAUAUGGACUCCAACUUAGUGGUGAUAAAUUCAGAAACAGAACAGGAGUUUCUGAGGAACCAGACAGUGAAAAGGCUUCAGAUGAAACAGGAAAGACCUCAAACAGAAAAUUUUUGUAUUGGACUCAGUGAUCAAGAGGAGAAAGGUAGAUGGCAAUGGGUGGACCAGACUCCUAUUGACCCUGCAGCAACCCUGGCGCACAUCCCAACCAACCCCCUCUGCCAUCCACCCAUUGAAGCUAUUGAUGGGAGUUGGAUGCUGCUGCUGCCCAGCUUCCUCUUCUGGGUCUUGCUGUCAUGGCCAGCCAGGCCAAGGAUUUGGAGGACUCAGAUGAACCAGGUCCUAGCUAUGUGAGUCUUCAGCAGAGGCAGUAGAACCAGACUCUAGUUCUGUGACUCUAGUUCCAGCAGAGCCUGUGAUUCAGCAUCCCAGCCUCUCCCCAGCAGAGAUUCCAGGAGGAGCAGGAUGAAGUCGUACCUACCUUCAGCCAGAAAAAAACAGAAGGGGUAUGCCUCCGUCAAUCCAGGAGGUUAUAUGAGAAACAUCUAGCAAUCAUGAAACAGCUGUGAUUAAUAACUGGGCUAUAAACAGCUGCAAGACACCGAGCUUCUUUGUCAGACCUUAUAUGCAUUCCCUGGGGAAAGCAUCUUGCUCUGACUCCCUUGGAUUUUGUUGCCUGAAACUUUG